UACUACUACUACCUUUACUACCACUACUACCUAACUCAUCACUUCUACCUGCACGCACUAUAAUUAUCACCGUCCAUGGCCACGCCCACCAGGCAUUACCUCGCGAGCCGACUGCUGGGGCUAUACCAAGCCUCCGACUACUCCGACUAGAUUUAGCCGACCACGCUCUCGCGCGCUUGCUUUCGCACAUAGAUUACCUGAGGGAAGGGGAGAGCGCUCUCUCUGUAACGCUGCGUGGUCUCGUUAUUCGUGGCAUGUCAUUACUACUCUUGGGAGAGCGUCCGACAGAGGCCAUGUCGGCUCUACCACCGAUGCACACCACGUGGGUGCCCGACGACACACCGAGUAGUCCCACGCUGAGCAAUAUCGAUAUGGUGCUGCCCAUGGCGAGUGGCCACCUCGCCAUGUCUCCUCCGCGCGCACCACCUCGUCCCCCGAGCCCCAGCUACCUGCGCGACCGCGCGGGGCACGACGGCGGCAUUGGCGCAGGAGGUGGGGGAGGCGGAGGAACAGCAGUACUAGCAGGAGGAGGAGGAGGAGCUGCUGGAGGGCCAGCAGGAGCUCCAGCUACUGCUGCAACAGGAGGAGCGACCAGCCCAGCGGGCGCGUCGCGCAAGAAAGAAAGGCUCGGGCUCAGUCGCAAAAUGAUGAUGUUGAGGAGUCGGACGUCGAGCAAUGGCAGCACCGUUCGUGGCUCGCCCUCCCCAAGUUCCGUGGAUCUGGUACCCUCUUCGCCCAUACUACAGGACGUCGGCAAUCUGGCGCCAGAGCAGCCCGAGAGCGACUUCUUGCAGCUGCCUCUUUCUGCGAACGGUCAGCUGCGCAGGACGAGCGGGAGCUCGUCCAGUGAGCUCUCUGGCUCCAUCGUCUUCCUCGACAAAUAUUCCAGGGCAGGCGUCUCCAGCGACGACGAGGCCUUGUACGAGAGCAGCGACAUUCAGCUGGACAGCAGCACGAGCAUUGACGAUGAUGCAGAAGCGCUUCGGCGCAGACAAGAGCAAGAGGAGUAUGAAUCCGCCAUCCUGAGCCAGCGCGCCGAGCAGAUCCUCGCCAACGCCAAACGGCGACUCAAUGUCAUGGAGGGAAACCUGCGAGGGGCUCGCGAUCUCGUGCAGCCUCUAACAGCUGCAAAUCUGAAGCGUGCGACGUCGUUGUCUGGAGCGGCCAUAUACGGGAAUGGGAGGACGCUGCGAUAUGACUACGACAAUGAGCAGGCCAAGGCAGCUUCGCCACGCAAUUUGCAUUCACAGCAGUCUUCACCUCACAUGAACCAGGACUACCAUCGCAACUGGAGCGACGCUUUACCCGAUCGGCCACACACGUCUUUGGACCAUGGCUCACGUUAUGUCGCUACUUCCACCCUCCAAGACUACUCGCAAUCGGCAGAGCAAACACACGGCCGCGUCUUACGGACAGCUCGCAGUCAUGAUCAGCUGGGACGCAGUGGAGUGUACAGCAGCAGCCGCGCCUUUCAUAAUCGGAGGUCACCAGACCAGAUGCACCUGGAGCCGCUGGCGGAGGAUGAGGAGCGCAGGUCGCAACGUCACAGCCAGUAUCACUCUUCCUCGAGCAUCAACAACGGACUGGGCAUAUAUCGCCCGUCGUCCCGGACCUCGGAUCUGCGUGACCAAAUGUCGAGUUUGAAAGGCAAGAUCUCUACGCUGAAGGAACGGGCACGUGAGGACAGUAUUCGAAGGCAGUCUCAGUCGAAUCUUCGGCAUCAGUCGCCUUUCAACAAUGCAGCAGCGACGCCGCCAGGAGUGUUCCACGCCCGGUCACCUGUCGAGCAUCAUGAUGAUGCGCACGACCCAGGUGCCUUCAACGGAGCUCCCAAUGGCAGUCGCAAGGCGUUCGCAGAACAGGCGACAUCGGGAUCCUCAGGACUUCCAGAAGCUCGCGUUGGCAAGAUGGGAGAGUGUAAGACUCCAGUCAGCAAAUUCCAGGUGGCAGCAUCAAGUUUGAAAACGCAGGAGGGCCAGCCACAGUUGCAUAGAAGAAGGACAGCAAGUGGAAGUGCGCUGGUGAGCUCGUCCAAGAGUCGCAACUCGCAUCAACAAUACCACGACACGCAAGCUGGACUCCACGGUGCGGCUGUGAUUGAUCUGCCCUCGGCGCACUAUGCUGAACAUGAGUACCUCCCAGAGUCCUCGCCUGCAUCGUCUGCCAAUGAAUCCACCGGGAGCCAUCGUUCAUCGUCUGAUGAGGCGAGGGCACGCUUUUCAAAUGGGUACGCAACUUCAGAGCCCGAGUCAAGCGUGUAUGAAGACGCAAAAGAACAAGCUUCCGUGGUCGCGCACGAAGACCGAGAGGAUGCGUUUGAUUACGAACAUUUUUUCCUCCACAGUGCUAUGGCGACGUAUGCACAGUCUGAGUCUAGUGCGGCAUCAGAAGCCUCUAUUGAAACAGCACGAGGACCUGCGCUUGUAGGCUACGAGGAUGAAGAGGCAUUCGAGCAGCCCUUCAACGAUUCCCCCCCUACGUCGCCAGAAACGCCCGAGAAGCUGCGCGAGAUCGAGCGCAACCUGCACAAACGCACCCUUUCGAACGAGAGUAUUACCACCGCAGGUACCUUCGCUACUGCCGAGGAAGGAGCAGAGGAGGAGCCAGCUUCGCCUAUCGAGGGACCUAUCACAUAUCGCGGUCGCUACGCGCAAAGGCAACACUCGGUGUCACCAAUUCACUCUCCGGGUCCAUCUGUUUCCCGCAUGCACUCCCGGCAAGAGUCACGUAACACACAAAGGUCAAGCUCCACAUAUCGCGCAAGCAGUAGCCGUCAAUCGCACGUUCAACAUGGCAACAAUGGCCGACUGGUAACGCGGAGCGACAGCUCAUCCGACCGCGCCGAUUCUGGCGUGGGAAUGAUGAGCCGCAGUGACUACCACUAUCCACUGCAGUUUGCCGGAAGCCACAAGUACGCAGGUAAAGCGUCAAAUAACAGUGUGACCAGUACGCCACCAUUAUCUCCAUUGAUCCGGACAGAUCCGACUACUACUGCUGUGCAAGCACUGCUUGAUCCGAACGGGCGGCCACUGGGGUUGAGAAACAACGCUGUCCUUUUCAGCGUCGUUGAGAGUCUGCGCCGAGUGGUGAGGCAGAUGCAGGAUGAAGAUGAUGCCACAUUUGCCAGUCGCAUGCUGCGUAAUACUCUCGACGAAGCCAAGCGAACGCUCGAUGGGCUAUGAGUGUUGGUGUGCUGUGCAUGCCCACUUUGCUCCGAGCUGCUAUUUACCUAUUCUUCAACCACAAUUCUUUGAAUUUUUUACAAUCUGCAGCGUUCCAGCGAAUUGAGAUAACCAACGGCGUGGGCGUAUUAUGGUCGAUGCGACGCCAUAUAUAUACAGUCCAUUCAUCUACAUAUCACGUGUGCGAAUGUACAAGACUACUAAUACCGAC